AUGGGGCGCUUUGCAUUAAGACGGCAGCCAACCUAUCUACGUUUAAUUCGCCACACUGCCUCCACAUUAGACACAAUCCCGAUGACCAUGACAAUGGACGACACAGCAUCACCAACAAACACAACUACAGGUUCAAGCAAGCAUGUAAUGCAAGAUAUCAUUACCAAAAAAUCAACUGGCUACAUUUUUACCAUCGUCUACAUCUACAUCAUCACACUUGCUCUAUUCCCGUCGAUUACAGUGCUUGUUCGAUCUGUCAGCAACAUAGAUGCAGCGACAUUUAUCUCGCUUCACUUUUUGCUAUUCAAUAUUGGCGAUUGGGUCGGUAGAACGUUACCUAUAUUUGCAUGUUGCCAGGUAUAUUCCAGCAAGGCAUUGAUCUGUGUCUCGUUGGCCAGAACAUUGUUCAUUCCCUUGUUUUUCAGUUGCAAUUUACAUGACAGCAGCAACAGCAGUACACCUCUUUUGAAUAGCGACAUGUUGUACUUUGGUCUUAUCCUGCUGUUUGCUAUUAGCAAUGGAUGGCUGACGAGUCUUGUUUUCAUAGCAGCACCAAGCCGAGUCAGCCACAAUGAAAAGUCGGUUGUAGGCAGUGUGAUUAGCUUCUUUUUGGUUGUUGGAUUAGCCUUGGGAGGAUUAACUAGUUUUUUAUUCAAAUAA